AGCAGCAGCCUUUGGGGACGUUGGGGGAAGUUGUUGCUAGAGGAAAAACCCUUUCUUGUCGUGUUAGUAAGAAGUGAGUGGAGGUCAGUGAUGUUGGCCGCUAGUCUGUUGGUGUGCCUGCUGGCCGUGUUUCAACUCGGCUCGCGGGCUCAGUACACUCCUGACGCAGUAACUCACCUGCCAGGUAUGACGUUCAAACCCAACUAUCGACAGUGGUCGGGAUACCUGCAGGCACGGCCCGGAAAGUUCCUCCACUACUGGUUUGUGACGUCUCAGGGGGACCCGGUCAAAGACCCUCUGGUGCUCUGGCUGAAUGGAGGCCCAGGCUGCAGCUCACUGGACGGAUUCCUGUCAGAAAAUGGACCAUUUCAUGUGAAUGAUAAUGGGGCAACACUGUAUGAGAACACAUUUAGCUGGAACAAGAUUGCCAACGUGCUGUAUAUAGAGUCACCUGCCGGAGUGGGGUAUUCCUACUCUGAUGACCAAAAGUACGCCACCGAUGAUGACCAGGUUGCUGAUGAUAAUUACAAAGCCCUGCAGAGUUUCUUUGCCAAGUUCCCAAGUUUCACUCAAAAUGAGUUCUUCAUCUUUGGGGAAAGUUAUGGUGGAAUUUAUGUACCAACCCUCAGCCUGCGCGUCGCUACUGGAGCUGCAAAAAUCAACUUCAAGGGCUUUUCAGUGGGAAACGGGCUCAGCAGUUUUGCUCUCAAUGACCAAACUUUGAUCUACUUUGGUUACUACCACGGCCUCUUUGGAGAAGAUUUGUGGCGGGAUCUGAACAUAAAUUGCUGUGACAAGGGGAGCUGCAACUUUUACAACUCCAGUUCAGACAUCUGUAAGACACUGGUGACUGUGGCCUUUGGUAUCGUGUUUGAGAGCGGACUUAAUGAGUAUGCCCUUUACUUGGAUUGUGAGGGCGGCAGAAGGUCCCACAGAAGCUACGAGAGGGCCAUGAGUCACCUGUUCAAGAACUACAGGAAACAAGCACACAUCUUCAAGUUUUCAGGUGGACCGUAUCCCACUGUAUCUCUAGGUGAAGUCCCUCCCUGCAUCAACAGUACGGCUCAGACGAACUGGCUGAACAGAGGCGACGUCAGGAAAGCUUUACACAUUCCUGACACACUGCCACCAUGGGACCUGUGCAAUGAGGAUGUUGGUGCACAAUACACCAACCUGUACCCCACCGUGAAGGAGGUGUAUCUGAAGCUGCUCACUCUGGGCCUGCGAGCGCUCGUCUACAACGGAGACACCGACAUGGCCUGCAACUUCCUGGGAGACCAGUGGUUUGUGGAAGACCUCGGCCUGAACGCCACCACAAAAUACCAGACAUGGCUUCAUGAUGAUCAGGUAGCUGGUUUCUACCAGCAGUUUGGAAACCUCACUUUCCUGACAGUCAAGGGUGCAGGGCACAUGGUUCCUCAGUGGGCUCCAGGUCCAGCUCUCCACAUGUUCCAGUCUUUUAUCACAAACGGCUACUACUGAGCCACGAUUGAGGCUGCUGCAUGUAAAAUACCUGCACUCAUCGCUUGUUCGAUGGUUCAUUUUUUUUCUCAGGGAAGAUGAUUUUGAAGGGAAAAGGACUACUGGGGCACUUGUUCUUGUAAUCUCUGAAUUUAAGUGUGUUGAGUAUUUAGUAAGGGACAUAUUGUUUGUUGUUGGCUUUACUUUGGAUUUUAAAUUAAACAAUUCAAGUGCCUGGACACCUUAACAGAUAUGAAUAAAAUAACUGUUCAAUAUGUGGUUACCAGUCACGUUCGCUCCUGCUCAUUUUUGGUGAUUUCUGACUUAAGUCUGGUUUUCAGUAAGUGAAAACCACAAUCCAACUGAGCAGGUGUGACUCUGACUGAUGUGACCUAUAAAUAGCAUUUAGUUUUGCCUUAACUUUUUGGUGGCCUUGUCUUUGGGUUUUAAGAUUGUCCUGAAACUGGGAACUUCAUGUACAUAUAACAAAGUCCUUUACUAUUCACACACAUAAAUCAGCACUUUGACCUCAGUUUCAUUUCAUACCUUGUGCUAGAUUAAAAAGAGAAAUUGUCCUUGUCCAGAUACUUCGACUACACUUAACACGAGCAAAUUAUCUUUUCUGUGGCACUGAUGUAAAGCUGACUUUUGGCAUUGGUUUUUUAUUGACAUUUUCUGUGUGUAACACAAGUUGAUUGUUCAAACUGUCUCGAUCAAAACUGCAACUUCACUUGUCCGUGUCUUUUAUUAAAUGGUUUGAACUGCCA